AUGAAGCUCUUCAAAGACGCUGACAACAAUUCUGAGACAAGCAAUGGAUUUUUGAGUGUUCUGUGGACAAUACAUGUUCCUGAGAUACAUUUACAGAUAGUGUCCUUUUUCAACCUCAUCGUUCUUAGCGGUUUGAUUAGUGUCCUUGGAACUGUGGCUAAUGUAAUAAACCUGAUUGUGUUUUACAGACAAGGUUUGAACACGAACAUUAAUAUUAGUUUUUUCGCUUUAACUCUAUCUGAUCUGUCGUGUUUAAUAUUACAGCAGUGGCAUAUUGUAAUUGAAUUUUUUAAAUACACAAAUCUGCCUAUAGUUUUCACUGAUUUUCAGCAUGCAACGGCAGCUUGGCCUCAUGAGUUGCUUACAAGACUCACUUGUGCAAUCACCUUAUACAUUACAGUAGAGAGAUGCCUAUGUGUUAUGUUACCAUUUGCAAUUAGCAAAAUAUUUACAGUCAAGCGCACUUUAGUAGUUAUUAUAUGUAUUUACGGUGUGCAUUUUGCGAGCUGGAUACCUGCUUACACAUCAUGUUACAUCGGCUGGAAGUUCUUUCCUGAACGAAACCAAACUCUGCUUGGUUUAAUUUUUGUUGCUACCGAGCAAACCAUUGCAAUUUUUUACAUUGCAAAUGCUUUCUCUGGAGUUUUCGUCAUUACGUGUAUUGUUUUAGUUACGUUAAUUUUAAAAUGGCAGUUGAGAAUAAAGUCAGACUGGCGUAAUUCUGCAAAUGCAGAGCAGAAGAAAGCCGAAAUGCUGUCGAAAAGGGAAAGAAAGACGGUAGUUAUGGUGAUCUUGAUUGCUGUUAUUUUGGUUGUCUGCUACACGCCAUCGGUAACUUUGAGUCUAAUAACGUUUUGCGUCCCAGGAUUUAAUGUUGGGGGAAAAUAUUUCGAAAUAUACCAGUUUGUAUGGUCAUUCGCUUAUGUUUUGGAGAAUAUAAACUCCAGUGGGAAUAUUUUCUUAUACUUUAAAAUGGGCUCUAAAUACAGAAGCACAUUUAAAAGACUUUUUCGCAAUGAAGAUUAG